AUGUCUGAAUUAUCGUCAAGUGCUAAAGCUACCCGGAGCGGAGGUUUACAGCAAAUUCGUGUCGGGCCGAAAGUUGGAACGCUUGUGCUCGCUGUCGGUGGAGUUGGGACAACUCCUCCUGAGCAUUGGACCAAUACGAAAGGCGAGCUGUGGCUUAGCACGCUAAACAUACCCGACAUUGGGAUUCUGUCCUUUCCAAACAGACUUGCAGCAAAUGGUGUCCUCUCCGGGAGGGAAGUGGAAGACGAGGGCGCUUCUCUUCUCGCAGAAUUGCGCCGUCUCGCCGAAGAUGAAACCGUGAUUCGAGCUCCAAUUGUGCUGGUGGCACAUAGUUUAGGAGGGCUGGUGGUGAAAAGGGCUAUUUGUCUGGCAAAGCAAAGCCCAAAGGCUUAUCGCGAUGUUAUGCGCAGAACUGGUGGCUUCAUUUUCAUGGGAUGUCCGCAUUCAUCGUCUCGAGAUUUGGAAGAUUGGUUCGGAGUUGAAAGUAUUCUACAGAAAUUUACCAAAGGGAGGAAGAACGCCCUCGACCCGCAGUGUGUUAAGAGUUUGGCUGCUGACUGCGACAACUUCCGAGUCAUCCUAGCUGAAGAUGAGAAGAGAGUUCUGACGGUGAGCGAAAAGAAAGGAAUGAGCAAACAAGUGAUUGGAAAGAAAAUUAUAUUUGUUGACAAAGAUUCGGCAACCAUUGGCCUCAAAUAUGAGACAGUAAUUGAGGAUAAUUCUAAUCACCGAGACCUUUGCCUGAUGUCUGGGAGUAACGAAACUCUCGAUAAGGCUCUCGAAUUCCUUUAUCCAGUACUGAAGGAUACUAGAACGGCUAUCGCAAAGGAGUCUCCGCAAUACAUCAGACCACCCGUUUUCGACCUAUCUACCGUUAGAGACUCAAGCAGUGAUGAAGAAGAUUCUGCUGAGGCCGCAGAUAAAUCUGUGUCCGGCCGGUAUCCACACCGUAACCCCAAUCAGACUAUAACAGCACCAUCAGAACUAGCUUCUUCAACCAACCGCGAAUCAUGGACUAGAGACGCAACCACAGGAAGUGAUAGGGUCAAUCCAGAUCUCAUCUCUGCCCUCAAAGAUUUUACUAUCGAACAACGGGACCCUAUUCUGCCCUGCAGGUACACGCCAUUGCCAAGAGAUCCCGUUUUCUCCGGUCGUGAGGAUACGCUAGCAACCAUUCGCCAAGUACUUAUAACUUCAGCACACGAGUCAGAAGAUGGGUCCAAUAGCUCGCUAAGCGAUAUAUCCUUACCGCUGAAUGUUUAUUCUCUCUGUGGUCCGGGUGGAAUGGGUAAAACGUCCAUUGCCAAUGAAUUUGUUCACAGGUAUUCAGCGGAAUUCGAUGCUGUGUUCUGGGUCGCAGCGGACGAAGAAACAAAACUCUUCAACAGCUUUAGAGAGAUUGCUCUGAAGCUCGGCAUCAUUACAGCCACCGAUGGCAAAGACCUGCCAGCAAUCCGAGAAACGCUCUUAGCAUGGCUCGCAAACCCUCUUAAAUCUUAUGAACACAUGGACCACGUCAAACCCGAGAGAGCAUCUUGGUUGAUCAUAUUCGACAAUGUAGAACGCGCCGAUACACUUGAGGACUUUUGGCCCAAAGAUGCUGCGGGCUCCGUCCUGGUUACCUGUCGAGACCCCUUGGUCAAAAGAUCCAUCUACUUGAGAAAUACUGGCAUAAUUGUUCCUGAGCUGUCAUUGGACGAAGGUGUAACUUUGCUUUUGCGGCUCACUAGCCGUGAUAGCGAUCAGUAUGACAUAAAGCAGGCACCUGAGGUUGUUCGAACCUUGGGCAGAUACCCCCUUGCCAUUGCCCAGAUGGCUGGUGUCAUACUAGCACGAGACCUCAGUUUUGACGAAUUUCUGGAAUUGUAUUCUGAGAAGUCCGAACGAAAAGAAAUGCUUGGAAUCUCAGAAGGUCAAUCAGCUUCUCUCCGCAGGUACAAUCAGACACUCGGCACCGUCUGGGCCCUAGACGACUUGAAAGAAGGCAAAGCAUUGUUAGAAGUGAUAUCGUUUCUCGACCCAGACAAGAUACCGGAAUCACUUUUGGAAAAGAAUCCAGCGUGCACAGAUUGGUACCGCUAUCCUAAGACGGCAUUGGAAUAUUCUAAGGCUCGUGCCGAGCUUCUUUCCAGGUCGCUGAUAUACAGAAAUCGGGACAAGAAGACCUUACGUGUCCACCGGCUGGUACAGGAUACGGUGAGAACCGAGAUGGAUGAUGCAACAUACAACGAGGUAUACUCCAGGGUGCUGGACAUGCUUGGUGCUCGGUGGCCGAGAGUUUUCAAAGGCUUUGGCAACGUACAAACAGACUGGCAAAAGAAUGCAGAGCUGUGGCCACACACCCUCUCUCUUUUUAAGUAUCGAGAUCGUUUCAACCCUGCUGCUGCUCCCCAUGCAGCUGCAAUCAAGCGGAUGGAUUUCACCCUCGAUAUCUUGAUGUUCAGCAUUGCAGAUUCCCGAUUCAGUGCGUCGCCAGUUUUGAUAACCUUUUUCUCCUUUUUGCGGGACGCAGUGAAAGAGGACGAGCCAAGCUUGGAGCUACAGAUGAUUGACGCUACUUUCCACUACCGUCGAGGAGAACUCGGGUUGCACAUCAACGACCGUGAGCACCCUUUGCCCGACUUCAGUAAAUGUGUCGAACUUCUGGAUAUGUUACUAGAUGACGACGCCAAGAGGUCUGAUUCGUUCUAUGGAGUCACGGUGAAUGAGCUUGGUUGUGCGUACUUGAUGAACUGGGACGACGAGAAUGGGCUGGUUGAAUUCGAGAAAGCAACUGCCAUUCUGAAGAAUCUGAAAAAGCCCUCAGCACAGGAGACUACAAUGGCACAGAUUAAUGAAGGAUUUGUACAUGGUUACCUUGGUCGCUACGAAGAAGCUUCGCAGAUCUUCGAUAUGGCAUUGAAGGAUCGUUAUCGAGAGCUUGGUGAGGAUGAUGCUUCCUCUUUUGUAAACGGAAAGCUGUUCCUAGGCUGGGGAAAUAUUCUUGCUGCACAGGGUCGACUUGACGAAAGCUUUAGACUACAUAUCAAAUGUCUCGAGCAUUACAAGCGUUCCGUCGGCAAUCUUCACCAUCGAACCGGCGACGGCUGUGUGAAGGCUUCGGAUCAUUUUGCUCGCACAGGAGACGGUCCUACGGCGCUUGCAUUACUUGACCAAGCCCUCAAGAUCUUCGACCUCGACUCGUAUCACAGACCAGAAGCUGCUAGAGCUCACUACAAGAAGGGAAACAUUCUCAAGAAGACUGACAGAGAAGCAGAAGCCAAAAAAGAACUAGAUAUGGCUCUUGAUAUUUUCAACAGCGUUGUCCCUCCUGAAGACCGCGUUGGAAGCAUCGAUGAAUUGGAUGACGAGGAUUUUGAUCACUGGAUCAUGUUUUGGUCCCGCUGA